AUGAUCGCCUCGCCGAAGGCCGUUGCUCAGAAUAUGAAACUCUCGGGCCCAACUGCCGGUAGGACCGUUGAAGUGUCCAACGGCAACCUCCAUGCCGCGUUGAUGUCUCUUAACCGUCUCUGCAACAACAACAAUAUUAGGGGCCAGUCCAUGGACCAGAGAUUCCAUAUCAGACCGACUAAAUACAAGCAGGAGAGAAAGCUUGUCGCCAAGAAGAAGUCCUUCAAUAAGGGGAUUACCAGAUUGAUGAAGAUGGUCCACGAGGCCAAGAGAAGAGGCUACUAA